CUGUUUUAAAAACUCAGUAUGGCACUACAGCAGUAUGUUGAUAGUGACUGUUUAAAUGCAAGACUACUUCGUUUUUAACUUUUGCACAUCGCAUAAUUACCUACGUUAUCUAUUCUCGCAAUUAUCUUUCAAACAGCAGGAUGGAACUUUAUGAAAAAGUAUAAUUAUCAUUUCCACGUUGACAAAGAACUGAACAUGUACUCGUAACAUGCCACUAAAAAAACAUUUUAGUAGGUAUUCCUUUUUUUAGGUGUAUUCAUCUCAUUUUGUGCAACAUGUACGCGCUACUGUUAAUCUCAUUGCUGUUCCAAGUUUGUUUCGGUUUCACCGGACGAGGACUUUUUUAUCCCGGCAGAACGGAUUUGUUCGAGUUAUCGAUAAUUCAUUUAAAUGACUUUCAUGCCAGAUUUGAACAGACGAGCCCAUAUUCUGGACCUUGUCGAGAGGGUUACGAAAAGGAUUGCGUAGGAGGUAUUGCUAGAAUCUACACUGCAGUUAAUCAACUGAUGAGGAAACGACCAAAUGCGAUUUUUCUGAAUGCUGGCGAUCACUUUCAAGGAACUCUUUGGUAUAAUAUUUUUCGUUGGAACGUCACUGCCUUGUUUAUGAACAUGUUGCCACACGAUGCUAUGACAAUUGGCAACCAUGAAUUCGACAAUAAAAUCGCAGGCGUUGUUCCUUUUCUUAAAAAUGUGAAGGCACCAGUUGUAGUAACAAAUAUCGAUGAUAGCGAGGAGCCAUCUAUACAGGGUUUAUAUAAGAAUAGCACAAUUAUCGAAAGAAACGGUGUCAAGAUCGGUGUCAUUGGCGUUAUUCUAUCAACCACGAACUUACUCUCAAGUACAGAGAAAUUAAAAUUUUUGGAUGAGGUAGAGACAGUCAACGACGAAGCCAAGCGACUAAAGGAUAAAGGAGUGAAUAUUAUUAUAGUUUUAAGCCAUUGUGGAUUGAAUGUGGAUAGGAUCAUGGCUGUGAAAUGUCCCUUGAUCGAUGUAAUCGUCGGUGGUCACUCGCAUACAUUUCUUUAUAGUGGACCUCCACCUUUUGUCGAUACACCAGAAGAUGAAUAUCCCGUAGUUGUAACACAAAAUAAGACAGAUAGAACAGUCCUUAUUGUUCAGGCAGCUGCUUUCACAAAAUAUUUAGGUAAUCUGACAGUGUGGUUCGACGACCAAGGGGAGGUCGUCGAUUGGGAUGGAAAUCCGCUUCUUCUGGAUCAAUCUAUUGAAGAAGAUCCAGAAAUCUUGGAAGCUUUAAAACCAUGGAAGAAGGAAGUGGAUGAAAGAGCGUUAAGAAAGAUUGGCAGUACAAGAGUCUUACUUGAACGCGAUUGUCGCUACAAAGAAUGCAACAUGGGAAACCUUAUUACCGAUGCCAUGGUGGAUGCGGUUGUCGAUGAUGCUAAAAAUAAAACUCAUUGGACGUAUGCAGCAGUGGCCUGUUCAAAUCCAGGAGGAAUCCGUACUUCUCUUGAGAGGUCUGAAAUUACCUAUGGUGAUCUGAUGAUGAUCCAGCCUUUUGAAAAUACUUGGGAUACUAUUGAACUGACUGGAGAAUCCAUUAAAAAGAUUCUAGAAAUGGAUCUUUUAACUUGGUCCGGACUGAAAAUUACUUAUAAAAAGGAUAAUAAAACGCGCACUGUGGCCGAUGUUAAAAUUAGAUGCCAGGCUUGCGAGUAUCCGGUAUUCGAAGAUUUGGUGCACGAUCAGUGGUACAGAAUGGUGAUACCAAGUUUCCUCAUAAACGGCGGAGAUGGCUAUCACAUUUUUAAAGAUAAGAGUCGUAAUCAUAAAAUUGGGACGCUCGAUAUAGAUCACUUUGUAAAAUAUGUGGCAAAAAUAAGUCCUAUAUUUAUUGGAACUGAGAGACGAAUUACGUUUGUAAAAGUAUAGAAAUUGUCUUUUGAUUUAUUAAAACCCACAGUCAAACUAUCAAAUUAGCAAAAAAACAAAAAAUCAAAAAAAUAUUACUGACAAAAGCAUAUUGCAAAAAUUAGUUUUACAAUUAAUUGUUUUAAACAAAUUUUUAAAAAUUGGCUAUACAGGAAAACUGAUUACGCCAAUCAAUUCUACUUCUUAAUUUUUAAUAAUAACAUUAUACUACUGUGUCUAAAUAAAAAGGUAACCCUUUCAAUUUAAACUUCGCUGGUUUAUUGAUUUGAGCAAAUAAUUUCUUUUGUAGGUUGAUAGUACUGUCUUUGAUAUCUGUGCCAAAUUUCAUGUCAAUAUCUUUAUUAGUUAACAAGUGACACUUGAUUUUGUGAACAAUAAAAAGUUCUUUGAUUUUUACAAAUGUCUGAUUUUGUUAAGCAAAGAAGUUUUAUAUACGGAAUGAAAUUUUUGCUGCAGAAACGUUAAGGAUGUUGCAGAAGAUAACCAAGCUAUGUCAAAAAAAUAUUUACAAGUGAUACAAACAAUUCAAGAAGGCAGAGAAAGCGUUAAUAACAAAAAGCCGGACAAGAAAAAACAUCAAUUGAUGAAUUAACAACACGUCAAGGAUAUCAAAGAUUUGGUGUUCAAAAAUCGUUGAUUGACAAUUAGAGACCUUGCUGAUAUUGUUAACAUUUCAAAAGGAUCAAUCAACACCAUUUUAAAAGAUGUUUUAGACCUCAGACGCGUCAAAUUUCGAUUGGUUCCAAAAACACUAAAUUUUUUUAAAAAAGAGCGUUGUAUUAAUGUCUGUAAAGAGAUGCUUUGGGACUAUAAACCGGUCAUGCUUUUGCAACAUCCUUAACGUUUUUGCAGCAGUAAUUUCAUUCCGUAGAUAAAAUUUAAUUUUACUUCUUUGUUCAAGAAAUCAGACAUUGUAAAAAUCGAAACAAUCACUUUUUGUUGUUCACAAAAUCGAGCGUCACUUGUUAACUAAUGAAGAUAUUGACAUGAAAUUUGGCACAGAUAUCAAAGAUAGUAUAUAUACCAUAUAUAUACUACCAACUUACAAAAAAAAAAUUAUUUACUCAAAUCGAUAAACCAGCAAAGUUUAAAUUGAAAAGUCAUCUUUUCAUUUGGACACAGUAGUAUUUGAAAAACUUGCGAGAAUGUACUUAGAAUAAAAUUUUGCAAUCAAUUGUUAUAAAAAAGUUUUAAAAAAUUGACUGUAAAGGAGAACUGAUCGCGCGAUUUUACUUCUUAAUUUUUAAUAAUGUAAAUUAAUUUUUUUAAUAAUAAAAUUAUAUUUGAAAAAUUUGCGAGAA